AAACAAACGUUUAAAUCUAUAAAUAGCGUCAUCGCGUAUCACUAUGUCGUAAAUUCAUCUUUCGUUCAUCAUGUUCAAAUCGUCUUACUGUAAAUUAUUGUUGUGGUUUUUAUUGUUGUAUAUCAUUUCGUUAGUAUGUGCACGUGCCAUUCAGGAACAAGUGUCAGAAGUAAAGGAAUUAUUAGCUCCGCAACCUAGCCAACAAGUUGCAGCCAAUGCGCCAGUAGCAGAUACCCAAGUAGCCGAGUCCAAGAAGAAAAAGAAACAUUGGAAAAAAGGCGGCGGUGAAAAGCAUCAUUCAGAUCACUUUUCCAAAAAAGGUAAAAAAUCAGAUAAAGGAUACAAAUCCAAACACUCGCAUAAAAAAGGCAAAAAAGGACACCAUAAAAAGGGCAAAAAGAAGAAGCACUUUAAAGAAGAAAGCGGCCAUAAAAAAAAGAAACACGACGAAGGAGGUUACCACAAAGAGCAUAAAAAAGGCGAAAAGGGAGAAAAAGGACACAAAUACGAAGACCAUGGAAGCUACAAAAAAGGACACAGUACCAAAGGUAAACACGAAGUACACAAAUUAGACGAGUUCAAGAAGAAGAAACACUUUUACGAUGAACAUCACGAUGAAAAGCAUCACAAGAAGCAUGGAGGCUACGAACAUAAGCAUGGACAUAAGAAAGGAGGCAAGUACAAGAAAGGACAUAAGAAACAUAAGUUUGAAGAAGGUCACAAAGGCAAGAAAGGAAAACAUCAUAAAGGUAAACAUCACAAAGAACAUAAAGGACAUAAGAAAGAAGGCGGCGAUAAGAAGAAAUGGGGUCAUAAAUCCGAAUUCGCUAAGAAAGGAGGACAUAAGGAAGAUAAGAAAUGGGGAUUCAGCAAAAAGAAGAGCAGUGGCUAGACAAUUUGUUCGAAACAUCCAUACAACUAUUUUGACUGCUGUGAUAGGACUGAUUAUUUAUGUAAGUGCGUAAUGCAUAAUAGUUCUUAUUCAUUUUUAAUUUAAUAGUCAUUAUUCAAUGACGAUUUUCAGUUUAGUAUACGGUAUUUUUAUGGUUCUUAUUGAAUCAUUAAACCAGUUUCGAGUCAAUUUUUAAA